AUGGUCAUUCGCAGCAUUCCGAUUCGGCUGAGUCGAAACCUUUCCCGGUCUCCUCUUCCUCGCUGUUGCAGGCUGUUCGUCUCGUGUGCAACUGAUAUAGAGAUCACGGAAAAAGACUGCGAAUUGUUCGAGUACACUUCUGGUCGUUGGAUAUUUAACGAACAUCUCCGUUUGGCCGAACGACAGUUAUCUUUCAACGUAAAAGAACUUCAAAAGGCCGCCGCGGAGUCCGUGAACCAACCAUUUUCUGAAGUCCGAAGCUUUCGCAAGUUUGCUGAAGGCGGUUUCAAUCGCGUUUUUGAAAUAUGUAUGAGAGAUGGAACAUCUGUCCUCGCACGACUUCCAUAUCCGCUGACGCUGCCGCGACGUCUGGCAGUAGCAAGUGAGGUCGCAACCUUAGAUUUCAUUCGCAGCUAUGGCAUUCCUACGCCUAGAGUCCUGGAUUAUUGUGUGGAGAUCAAUCCCGUUGGCUCUGAGUAUAUGAUAAUGGAAAGAGUCUCGGGAACAGCUAUUGGAGACUCUUGGUUCGACCUCUCUGAGAAAGAACGGCUCAAAGUUCUGCUCCAAAUAGUGGAGCUGGAAGCGAAGCUUUUUGCCCUCCAAUUACCAGCUAGCGGGAGCAUAUACUACGCCCGUGAUCUAUCGCCUAACUGCCCAAAGAUCUACAUACCUAAUUCUGAUGGCCAGCUGUGUAUAGGACCAUACGCUGGCGAGAGUUGGUGGUUCGGCGAACGUGGAGAUCUUGAUAUUGACAGGGGACCUCAUACUCACCCUUCUCAUGUCCUUGAGGCUCCCGCAAAGAAAGAGUUAGCCUGGAUCCGGGCAUAUGGACGACCCCGUUAUCCCUUCGAUCGCGCAUACAGGGGAGUUUUCGACUAUAAAAAGCAGGAUCCUAAGGAGCACGCAAAAUCUCUGGAGACAUACAUACGCCUAGCGCCAUAUCUUGUGCCUCCCACUUCCGAGCUUAAUUCUCCUAUUCUUCGACAUCCUGACCUCCAACCGCAUAAUAUUUUUGUUUCCGAGAGUUUCGACGUUACUGGCCUCAUAGACUGGCAACAUUCCAUGGUUCUCCCAACCUUCCUCGUUUCCGGUAUACCAAACUCGUUCCAGAAUUACAAAGACAAGGAAUCUCUGACAUUCAUCCCGCCGCGACUUCCAGAUGAUAUCGAAAUCAUGGACAUGAACGAGCGUGACAGAGCUCUGGAACAGUUUCGUCGUCGUCACGUACAUUUCUAUUACUUGGGCUUCACACAACGAUCUAACGAGCUACACUGGCAAGCCAUACAGCAAGAACCGAGUCUAUUGAAACGGCGGAUCUUUAAUGACGCGGGCAAUCCUUGGGAAGGACUCAAUCUCACCCUUCAGAUGGACUUUGUACGAAUACUGGAAUCCUGGGACAAAGUGCCUGCGCCCAGGUCUGAUGGAGCUCUCCCAGCGUGCCCUAUUGUGCUCGAAAAACAAGAGAUUCAAAAGCUGAUUGCACAAGAUGAGUUGCUACGUGAGGCUGACGCCGAAAUGGAAGGGAUCAACGAGCUGCUCGGCGUGGCGUCCGAUGGCUGGGUAUCGAAUGAGAAUUUCGAAAUUGCAAAAGGAACAUCAGAGUCCUGCAGAGGACAAGCGUUCGAUGCGGUCGCUGAUGACCCGGUUGAGAUGGAGAUGACAGAACGCCAUUGGCCCUUUGACGAUUGGAAUGAGGACGAAUAG